AAAGAAGUUUCAGGUAAGGUUGAACUCGACUAAUAUUGAUAAACUACUUUUAAUGUGCUUUUCUAUCUAAUCCUUCUAACUCUCGUGUAGGUGAUUUCAGUUCUCGCCAAUCAAAGUGCUCAACUUAGAAUAUUUACAUGGAGAGAAUUUCAAUUCUUGGUUUCAUUUUAGCCAUUCUCUAUUUCAUAACAACGGAACUUGCAUGUAAUGGUUAUACCCAUAUGAGCAACAACAUUCAAUCUGAACAAGAGGCUCUUAUUGACUUCAAAAGUGGUCUCAAAGAUCCCAACAAUCGACUUUCAUCAUGGAAAGGAAGCAAUUAUUGCUAUUGGCAAGGAAUUACUUGUGAAAAAGACACAGGAAUUGUCAUUUCCAUUGAUCUUCAUAACCCUUAUCCUCGUGAGAAUGUAUAUGGGAACUGGAGCUCUAUGAACUUGAGUGGAGAAAUUAGACCUUCAUUGACAAAACUCAAGUCUUUGAAAUAUCUAGAUUUGAGUUUCAACUCAUUCAAAGGCAUGCCAAUUCCUCAAUUAUUCGGGUCUUUGAAGAAUUUACUAUAUCUAAACUUAUCAGGUGCUGGGUUUAGUGGUACAAUUCCUUCAAAUUUUGGAAAUCUUUCUAAUUUGCAGUAUCUUGAUCUUUCUUUUGAAGAUCUGAGUUAUGAUGAUUUUGAAUAUUUUGAAUAUUUUGAAUAUUUUAAUGAUUUAUCUAUUGGCAAUAUUGAAUGGAUGGCUAGUCUUGUUUCCUUGAAGUAUCUUGGUAUGGAUUAUGUUAACCUCUCAUCAGUAGGAAGUGAAUGGGUCGAGGUGAUAAACAAACUUCCAAUUUUAACAGAGUUGCAUCUAGAUGGUUGUAGCCUCUCUGGCUCAAUUCCAUCUCCAAGCUUUGUUAACUUUACUUCACUUCUUGUUAUAAGCAUCAACUCGAACCAAUUCAUUUCUAUGUUUCCGGAAUGGCUUCUAAAUGUUAGCAGCCUUGGAUCCAUUGAUAUAAGCUACAAUCAAUUACAUGGGAGGAUUCCACUUGGUCUUGGUGAGCUACCCAAUUUGCAAUACAUAGAUCUAUCUGGGAAUGACAAUCUCCGGGGCAGUAUCUCUCAACUAUUGAGGAAGAGUUGGAAAAAGAUAGAAUUUCUCAAUUUUGGUGGAAAUGAAUUACAUGGUCCAAUUCCAAGCUCUUUUGGAAACUUUUGCAACUUAAAAUAUCUGAAUUUGGGGGGAAGUUACUUGAAUGGAAGUUUACCUGAGAUUAUCAAGGGAAUUGAAACCUGCAGUUCUAAAAGUCCUUUGCCUAAUUUGAUGGAGUUAUACUUGAAUGGCAAUCAAUUGAUGGGAAAAUUGCCAAAUUGGUUGGGUGAGCUUAAAAAUCUUAGGGAACUCGAUUUAUCCGGCAACAGACUUGAAGGUCCAAUUCCAAGCUCUUUUGGAAACUUCUGCAACUUAAAAUAUCUGAAUUUGGGGGGUAAUUACUUGAAUGGAAGUUUACCUGAGAUUAUCAAGGGAAUUGAAACCUGCAGUUCUAAAAGUCCUUUGCCUAAUUUGACGGAGUUAUACUUGGAUGACAGUCAAUUGAUGGGAAAAUUGCCAAAUUGGUUGGGUCCAAUUCCAAGCUCUUUUGGAAACUUUUGCAACUUAAAAUAUCUGGAUUUGAGUAUUAAUUACUUGAAUGGAAGUUUACCUGAGAUUAUCAAGGGAUUUGAAACCUGCAGUUCUAAAAGUCCUUUGCCUAAUUUGACGGAGUUAUACUUGUAUGAGAAUCAAUUGAUGGGAAAAUUGCCAAAUUGGUUGGGUGAGCUUAAAAAUCUUAGGAGCCUCGGUUUAUCAUUCAACAAACUUGAAGGUCCCAUCCCUGCUUCUUUAUGGACAUUGCAACACCUGGAGUCCCUGUCCAUUGGAAUGAAUGAGUUGAAUGGAAGUCUCCCAGAUAGUAUUGGUCAGCUUUCAGAAUUGCAAUUAUUGGAUGUUGGUUCCAAUCAAUUGAGUGGAAGUCUCUCUGAACAACAUUUUUGGAAGCUAAGUAAGUUGGAGUAUCUAAACAUGGACUCCAAUUCUUUCCGUUUGAAUGUUAGUCCUAAUUGGGUUCCCCCGUUCCAGGUGCAUUAUCUUCUUAUGGGUUCAUGCCACUUGGGUCCUUCAUUUCCGGUUUGGCUUCAAUCUCAGAAGAACCUCCAGUAUCUUGAUUUCUCAAAUGCUAGCAUUUCAAGUCAUAUUCCAAAUUGGUUUUGGAAUAUUUCUUUCAAUCUGUAUUACUUAAGUUUUUCUCACAAUCAGUUACAAGGUUAGUUACCAAAUUCAUUGAAUUUUUCUUAUUCACAAAUCGAUUUCAGUUCCAACCUCUUUGAAGGACCUAUUCCUUUUUCAAUCAAAGGGGUGGAAUUUCUAGAUCUCUCUCAUAAUAAAUUUUCUGGCCUUAUCCCACUUAGCAGAGGUGAAUCCUUGUUAGACUUGAGUUACCUUCGUCUUUCUCAUAAUCAAAUAACAGGGACCAUCCCAAAUUCCAUAGGACACCUCACCUCUCUUGAAGUCAUUGAUUUUUCAAGGAAUAAUUUGACCGGAAGCAUUCCUUCUACCAUAAAUAAUUGCUCUCACCUAAUUGUUUUGGACCUUGGAAAUAACAAUUUGUCUGGGAUGAUACCAAAGUCAUUAGGUCGGUUACAAUCGCUCCAAUCACUACACCUGAAUGACAACAAGCUUUUAGGAGAGCUUCCUUCAUCUUUCCAAAAUUUAUCAAGUUUGGAACUCCUUGAUCUCAGUUAUAACGAAUUAUCGGGUAAGGUUCCAUCAUGGAUUGGAACUGCUUUCAUAAAUCUCGUAAUACUCAACUUGAGGUCGAAUGCAUUUUUUGGAAGACUUCCCGAUCGACUUUCAAAUUUAAGCUCCCUACAUGUCUUAGACCUUGCACAAAACAAUUUGACUGGUAAAAUUCCAGCCACUUUGGUGGAGCUUAAAGCCAUGGCUCAGGAGCGUAACAUGGAUAUGUAUUCUUUGUAUCACAGUGGGAAUGGCUCUCGAUAUGAUGAAAGGUUGAUUGUGAUUACAAAAGGCCAAAGUCUUGAAUACACGAGGACUCUUUCUCUUGUUGUUAGCAUCGAUCUAUCCGACAAUAAUUUAAGUGGAGAGUUUCCCGAGGGAAUAACAAAAUUGUCUGGUUUGGUGUUUCUAAACUUGUCCAUGAAUCACAUCAUUGGCCAAAUUCCUGAAAGCAUUUCAAUGUUGCGUCAGUUGUCCUCUCUUGAUCUAUCAAGCAACAAGCUUUCUGGCACCAUUCCUUCAAGCAUGUCCUCGUUAACAUUCUUGGGUUAUUUGAAUCUAUCAAAUAAUAAUUUCUCUGGUAAGAUCCCCUUUGCAGGGCAAAUGACAACUUUCACAGAGUUGACCUUUACUGGAAACCCGAAUCUUUGUGGAACUCCACUAGUCACAAAAUGUCAGGAUGAAGACCUAGAUAAAAGGCAAAGUGUUCUUGAGGACAAAAUUGAUGGUGGCUAUAUUGAUAAGUGGUUUUACUUAAGCAUUGGCUUGGGAUUUGCGGUGGGCAUUUUAGUUCCUUAUUUUGUUUUAGCAAUAAGAAGAUCUUGGUGUGAUGCCUAUUUUGAUUUUGUGGACAAAAUUGUCAAGUGGCUACUGUUCAAAAGAAGAGUGACUUAUGCCAAAAAUCAUGCACGAAGGCAAUAAAUUUUGUUUGUAGAUCUUCAUAUGCUUUAUGAUUUACUAUAAGCUUUGGAAGUGAAUUCCAUCACUAUUGUAAUAGAAGAAAUGGCUUUGCUUUUAAUUUAUUCAAUGAUAAUUACUUUAUGUUAUUAUAUCUUCAUAUUA